UGACAUAAAACGUUGAACAAACUACAAAUCCCAAGUGGUCCAGAAGCGGCGGCAGCGGCACUGGUGCUUAGAAGUGCCUCCUCCUCCUUGGCAAGUCUUGGGCUGGAGCCCUGCAACCUUCUCUCAUUGACUGCUUGCUGUCAGGCGGGUCGGAUGGCCGAAGGAGCCAGUUGUUGUCCAGUCUGGCGGACGGUGCAGUUGAGGAAGGCAUGUUGGAGGCUCUGAGAUGACGGUCUGGUGAACUCAUCUCAAAGGAAGAGCCUCUCCUCCCGUGGGGCCAUGGCGGCGGCUGGACUCAAGGCUGCGAGCAGCGGCAUAUGGAAGAGCGUCGGCAUCCUUCAACUGAUGGUCCCUGUUUCCAGCCACAGCAGCUGCUGCUGCUAUUAUACAGGCUCCGACGCUGGGUCGGGGCGGGUGGGAUGCAGGCACCAGUGGACCCAUCAGCCCCAGUCUGAGGAGCAUUGUCUCCCGCCGCGGGGCUCCUCUUCCAUCGGCGGCAAAGCAAAGAGGACCGCCGACGUCGGUCCUGCUGUGACAGCUGCUUCCUUAGGCGGCCACCAGCCCAGCUCCAUCGAAGGGAUCGAUACGAAGUCUUAUCUCUGGGCCAGAUACCACGAGAUGAAAAAGCUGGUUUACGAUCUGCUUCCACCAGGAGUUUGCAAUCUUCUUAACCCUGCAGCUAUCUAUGCAAAUAAUGAGAUUAGCUUGGGAGAUGUUGAGAUCUAUGGCUUUGAUUAUGAUUAUACGUUGGCACAAUAUUCAAACUUACUACAUUCAAUGAUAUUCAACGCUGCCAGAGAUAUCCUAAUUGAACAGUAUAAGUACCCAGAAGGACUCAGGAAAUACGAAUACAUUCCUGGUUUUGCCAUAAGAGGGCUUCAUUAUGAUGUGCACAAGAGCCUUCUGAUGAAGAUUGAUGCUUUCCACUAUGUUCAAUUGGGCACUGCCUAUCAGGGGCUAAACCCAGUGCCUGAUGAAGAAGUUAUUGAAAUGUAUGGUGGAACCCAACAUAUCCCAUUAUAUCAGAUGAGUGAUUUUUAUGGCAAGGGUCCAUCGAUUAAACAAUUUAUGGACAUUUUCUCUCUUCCUGAAAUGACCCUACUUUCAUCAGUGACUGACUAUUUCAUGACUCAUAAUAUUGAGUAUGACCAAGUUCAUCUUUUCAAGGACAUAAGUGAUGCCAUAAAAGAUGUCCAUGUGAAAGGAAUGAUGUACAAAUGGAUUGAAAAGGAUAUGGAGAAAUAUAUUCUUCAUGGAGAUGAAAUAUACGCUGUCUUAAAUAGACUGGUUAACAACAACAAAAAACUCUUUCUCAUCACAAACAGUCCUUUUAGUUUUGUCGAUAAAGGGAUGAAGUACAUGGUUGGCAAAAAUUGGCAGGACCUUUUUGACAUGGUCAUUGUGCAAGCAGAUAAGCCCAGUUUCUUUACCGAUAAGCGAAAACCUUUCAGAAAAAUAGAUGAAGAAGGUUCUCUUCACUGGGACAAAAUAAACAAACUGGAAAAGGGGAAAAUCUAUAAACAGGGCAAUCUGUUUGAUUUUCUGCGGCUAACAGGCUGGCGUGGCUCCAAGGUCCUUUAUUUUGGUGACCAUUUGUACAGUGACCUUGCAGACCUCAUGCUACGUCACGGUUGGAGGACAGGUGCCAUAGUUCCAGAAUUAGAAACAGAAAUACGAAUCAUCAAUACAGAACAAUAUAUGCACUCUUUGACCUGGCAGCAAGCUCUUACAGGACUUCUGGAGAGAAUGCAGAUGUAUCAAGAUGCAGAAUCGAAGCAAGUGCUUUUAGAGUGGAUGAAAGAGCGACAGGAGAUUAGGUCACUUGCAAAGAAUCUGUUUAACCCCCAGUUCGGUAGCAUUUUUCGAACCUUCCACAACCCAACCUACUUUUCUCGAAGACUGAUUCGUUUUUCUGAUAUUUACAUGGCGUCCAUCAGUUGCCUACUAAACUAUGAUGUGAAUUUUACAUUUUAUCCUCGCCGAACGCCUCUACAGCAUGAAGCUCCUCUUUGGAUGGAUCAACUCUGCACAGGUUGCAUGAAGACUCCAUUCUUAGAAGAAAUGGUGCACAUUCGAUAAAAGGGAUUAUGACAUGUGUAGUAGAAUCUUAGGUUCCUUUUAGGGGACUGCUGCUACCAUAUGAUCACUGUUGUACUUCUGUUCUGAGCACUUCCUAAUAGAAAAUGAAUGGAAAGGUGGCACAAAUUUUACAUCUGAAAUCCUGGUGGUAAAAUAUAUUAACCAUGCUUGAUUAAGCUCUAAGAAUACGUUUUAAAUUUGGCAUCUGUAAUUUAGUCACAGCUGUCUUUGUGUGCUCAGAAAGGUUCUACAUGUUGGUCGGGUUAUAGUGAUUCUGGCAGAGAGAUUAUAAAUCUAUUUCUUCUUUAGAACAACAUAUUCAAAAUGUAACUUCCGCACGAAUCCUUGCUACAUCACCUAUACAAUAUAUGAAAUAAUAGAAAUUGAAAUAGUUCCUAUUCAGCUCACCAAUCAGUUCACAUUCAGUUACAAAUUUGAAGAUACUAACUGGUGUAUUUCUAAAGAAUGGCGUAUAGUACAUGUCUAUAUAAACCAGAUAUGCCAUUAGAGACCACACUCAUUCAUUCAUGUGUGACGUGACAUCACUCAGAUUCACAAUUUGAUAACAUCAGUUAAUGUGAUAUUAAGUAUGUAAUGGCUCAUUUACAAAUUCAAGCCAUCACUUGAUCCUGAAUUUAUCAGAUGAUGUAUAUUUAUAUAUUAAAGCCACCCCUAUUUAACAUACAAAAAAACAGUUUUUCAUAACAGUAGGUGAAUAAAUUAUCUUUAGUUGAAUAGCCUAUUUCAUAAAAUGCUAAUUUAUGUACUGAAUUUAUAAGAAUUUUUAGACAUCAAAGCACAAAUAUACAGAUUAAGCUGACCUCUAGACAUUGUAUGCAUGGCUAGAAUAAUAAAAGAUUAAAAUAGUGGUUGCUAGAGCCAUUACCCAACUAUAAUGGAAAGGAUUUUUCUUCUAUCACUAACAGCUAAAAAAAAUCAUCAGAAAACAAAUCAUAAGUUUAUCUAGUAUAAAAAUAAUGGUCUUUUAGGAAUGGUGAAUCAUCAAAACUAAAUUGUUUUGUGUUUCAGAAUUUGUGCGGACUUACCAUGAACUUUUAAACUUAGUUCAGAGAUGCUGGUUUUUUUUAAUCCACAAAAGGCUUAUGUCUUAGAUUAGAUAUAAGUGUUGUGGGACUCUAUUUUUUCUGCACUUGAUCAUGAACUAUUGCCAGUCAGGACCAUCGCUGUAUCAGAGUCAGAUAUAAGAAAUACAUAUUAAGAAUGGAAUGUUCUUGAAUUGGAAGCUCUUAUUUAAGGCUGGACUUAGGAAGCUGUUUAUAUUAAGGUUACACUGUUGUGUGUUGGGUUUUACCCGUUAGAUUCUCUAAUGCUGCUAUAAUUCAAGUUAUAUCUAUAAAUGAAAUAAUGAUUGACUGAGGCUACUUAGAUUGUUAGAACUAUUCAGAUUCUCACUAGAGAUGGUUUUCAAGGCAUUGGCUUUCAAGGAACGGAAGAAUGCUUGAAUAUCCCAAGAUGAACCAAAGAAAUCUUUGAGUAGUUACUAAGUUGGUAGUUUGUGAUUUCAUGUUAGCGAUGCGAUUUCAACCCAUCACAUUGGGUUGUCUCCUAGAUGCUAGAUGCAAGAUGAUUACAAAUUGGAAAUUGGAUGUUGUAUACUAUACUCCUUCACAGAUUUUAAGCUUUUCAAAAAGUGCCUACUUUUCAAAGUUUUGAAGCAUUAUCAAAUAAGUUAUCUCUUACCCAAUUUUUUAAAAAAAACACUGUGAUAAUUAAGAUUGUAGUAUGUUACAGCAUCUUCUGCCAACCUAGCAGUUCGAAAGCACGUAAAAAAUGCAAGUAGAAAAAUAGGGACCACCUUUGGUGGGAAGGUAACAGCAUUCCGUGCGCCUUUGGCGUUUAGUCAUGGCGGCCACAUGACCACAGAGAUGCCUUUGGACAGCGCUGGCUCUUCGGCUUUGAAAUGGAAAUGAACACCGCCCCCUAGAGUCAGGAACGACUAGGACAUUUGUGCGAGGGGAACCUUUACCUAUGUUAUAGCAUACGGAUCAUGUUAAGACUGACAGAUUGCUAAGAAUGCUGUUGGUUAUUUGAUAUCUCUUUUCUAUCCAUCCCUCAAACCAACUUGAAGAUUUGGGGAAAAUUAACCCCCGACCCAAGUGAGGACUUCUGCACUUUGAACUGCCACUUCAGGGGAAAGACGCACUGUGUGCACAAGCUAACUUGCCAUAGUUAUGUAUGGAAAAUAGGAAUGUAUAUGAUGAUUCUCUACAAGUGUCUGUUCUAUAGAAAAUUGUUAUAUUAGGAAAGAUCAUGGAUGUUGCCAUCUCUAGGGUUGCAUUUCUGGAGCUUUUCUCUGGAGAUUCAUGUCUCUUCUUUCUUUUGCUGAGACAGUGCCUUUGCUUUGCCAAUCCAUGGGAACUGUUUCAUUGAUGAACCACUUUUCACCCAUAUUUUGCCCCUAAAAGGGCAUUGAGAGCAAAAGGUAAAGCUGCAUCAUGAAAGAGGCAUCAGGAUAGAUGAAAGAAGUAGGAAUACCACAAUGGUGCAGUAUUGGAGGUAGGCAUUUCUCUGAAAAAUAGCUGCCAUUUAAAAUACCAAUGAGGCCUAGUUAGUUUAUCUUCUUAAAUGUGAAAUUAACUUCCUAAACUCUGCUCGGUAAAGACGAUGAGACAGUGUCUGCUACUUUUAAAGGUAGGCUGAUCAGCAAAAGCUAGAUCGUUUAGAAAUAGGAGAUUAAAAACUUGGAUAAUAAUUUGAUAUUUUUCCAAAAUUGGGUACAAUGGUUAAUUCUGAUUCCUGAGUCUGUCCACAAAAUAAAAUAUUGUGUUUAUCUUUUCCAGAA